AUGUCACUCGAAAAGGAUGGAGAGCAUCGCUCAAAGCGAAGAAAAACAGACAAAAAAGAGUCUGCUUCGCUCAAAAUUGGUGGCAAGGCCAUCUCUCUGGAAGGCUAUCUAAAUGCCCCCAAAAAACCUGCACCGUCGCCUGCUGUGCCCACCACGGCUCCAGCUGAGACUGUCAACGGCCCAGAGAACGCUCAUGGGCCAGAGAAACCCAUAAAAUCAGAAUUCAAGGAGAGGCACACCAAGAGGCGGGAGAACGGGCAGAAGGGGCCCCAGUUCAAAGGCCGCGAAGACGAAAAGUUGCUGAAAACUCGCCGGGAACUUCCCAUCUGGCAACACCGUUCGGAUAUUCAGAAUGCUCUGAGCGGCCCGGACAAUGACGUUCUGGUUCUAGUCGGUGAAACAGGUUCAGGAAAGAGUACUCAAGUGCCACAGUUUUUGUACACUGAACCGUGGUGUCAACGUCGAAAAGUCCAGCUGCCCGGCUCCAAGGAUGAGGUGCAGAUUGGGGGGACCAUCGCAAUCACGCAACCUAGACGAGUCGCCGCAACCACACUGGCCCACCGAGUUUCGCAGGAGGCCGGUACUCCGCUUGGCAAGGGUCGGAAAGAUGGCAAAGUUGGAUACUCAGUUCGCUUUGAUCACAACGUGCCAAUUGGAACAAGGAUCAAGUACUUGACUGAAGGUAUGCUGCUCCAAGAGCUUCUGCGAGACCCAAGCCUCCGGCAGUACAGUGCAAUCGUCGUGGAUGAAAUCCACGAGCGAAGCCUUGAUGCUGAUCUACUCGUUGGCUUCCUCAAGCAAAUCCUGGCUGGAAACAAAGCCGGCCGGGCAGGAGUCCCGCUCAAGGUGGUUGUCAUGAGCGCAACUGCUGAUGUGGAUGCCAUCCGGGGAUUUUUUGGGGAUAUCUACCCGGAGGACAAACGUGAAAGUGCAAUUCAAGUUCUGAGAAUCAAAGGCCGUCAGUUUCCUGUCGAGCUCAAACACGAAAAAAAGCCGGUGGCCGAUCUUCAAGAUGCGCUUCUCAAAACCAUCUUCAAAGUCCACACACAGGAACCACUUCCCGGCGAUAUCCUUGCGUUCCUCACCGGCCAAGAAGAAAUCGAAGCUGCACAAAAGAUCAUCGAGGAGUAUGCGACGACCCUGGCUUCAAAUAUGCCUAAACUAAGAGUAUUCCCUCUCUAUGGACAGCUGUCGAUGGAUUCACAGCGUGAGGCAUUCUUGCCUGUUAAGACCCCGUUCACAAGGAAAGUUAUCUUGGCAACAAAUAUUGCAGAGACUUCAGUUACGGUGCCUGGAGUGAGAUAUGUCGUUGAUUGUGGUAAAGCCAAGGUCAAGCAGUUCCGUGCACGGCUCGGGAUGGAGUCUCUUCUCGCAAAACCCAUCUCCAAGUCAUCUGCUGUCCAGAGAACUGGUCGUGCUGGACGUGAAGGCCCAGGAAAAUGCUUUAGACUCUACACCGAGGACGCAUUUACGAAUCUUCAAGGGUCCGACCUCCCUGAAAUUCUACGAAGCGAUGUGCUAGGGGCCGUUCUUACAAUGAAAGCAAGGGGAAUACAAGACGUUCUUGCCUUCCCGUUGAUGGAUGCCCCCGAAACUGAGGCGAUCGAAAGGGCCUUGGUGCACUUACAUUUUCUUAGCGCGUUGGCUGAUGAUGGCUCUAUCACGUCGAAAGGUCAGACGAUGGCUAGGCUGCCUCUCUCUGCGCCACUGGGAACGGUCUUGUUGGCAGCCGCUAGACCCGAGUUCGACUGCGUACUCGAAACGAUCGACAUCAUAUCAUGCAUUACUUCCGGAGAAGACAUCUUCCUGCAGGUGCAGUCUGAAGAAGCACAAGAGGAGAUUGAACAGGCAAGGGGUGAAGUGCAGCGUCGGGAGGGAGAUAUCAUCACCUAUCUCACCACGAUCCAGCAAUACACGGCCGAAAAUGCCAACAGGAUAGAAUGGUGCAAAAAGAGAAAGAUCAACAUCCGCAACAUGAAGCAGGCAUUGAAUAUUCGUCGACAACUGCGUGGCAUCUGCUUGAAAGAGGGGCUGUUAUCUGAAGCCCCUCCCCAAGAUCCGCAGCCCUUUGUUCCUCUGGCGCCGGAACAGGCAGAGAUGGUCAUCAAAUGUUUCCUGAAGGGAUUCGCACUCAAAACGGCAAUGCUUGCCCCUGAUGCGAGCUACGUAACAGUUCAAGGAAAGCAUGUCGUGGCUAUACACCCAGCCAGUGUUCUCCACGGGCAGAAGAAAGAGGCCAUCAUGUUCCUCGAACAUGUCUAUACGAAUAAGAAUUAUGCCAAGAAAGUGAGCGCUAUUCAGGCAGCAUGGAUUGCUGAAGCAUUGGAAAAUAGGUAG